CGCAUGUCUACUGUGAGGAUGUGUUUGGCAUUGUGGGAGAAAAUUUUACUUUUCCAGUAAAAAUAAACCAAAAAAUAGAGGAAAUUAUCUGGACGAAAAAUAAGGAUAAAGUGGCUGAAUGGGAAGGGCAGAACAGUCUGAUGUAUUUUACUUCUCUCCGUAACAGAGGGUUGCUUAACAAGGACAAUGGGUGCUUGACUGUAUUUAACUUGGAGAGCAGCGAUGCUGGCACAUAUGUGUUAGACUACGUGGAUUCUGUGAAGAAAACUAAUGUCUUAACCUUCGUGCUUGGUGUUUUAGAUCCCCCUUCAGAACCCAAAAUAAGUUGCAACAGCAGUGAUGUCAACCUCGUGUUCAAAUGUACAGCAGAUUUCCCGAAGCCUCUCAAUUACACUUGGAAGUUGAGUAGCACGCCAAGCACUUAUCACACCCAGGAAUUUUUCAUCCCUAAGAAGAAUGUUGAUGCUUUUGGGAAAGCUGCAUGUUUCAUUAAAUUCUCUCAAACAGAAAAGAGCUCUGAAAUCUCUUUGACUCGAUGCUUUCUGGAUAAAGAAGCAGACAGCUAUCAAAGACGUAGAGGUGGUCUUAUUGCAGCUUUGAUUCUCGUAAUUACAGUUACAGGAGUCCUGGUAUUCCUAUGCAGAAGAGAUUACUGUGCUACCUCCAUGCUCGUGUCUAAAAAGGAUUUCUUUUUGCUUGCAGCUGCAUCUUCACAAGCUGUUGAUUUUGAGCAUGAAAAGCCUGAAGCAGGCACUGUUAAGGAGAACAGCGGCUUCCUGGGCAAGCAUGCAGAUGACUGUGACGUAAAUGAGGGAGUUAUGGGUGGCACCAUGAAUGCUGAGUGCCUUCUGUGCUUGGCCUCUGUGGGGUCUGGAGGGAAGCAUGAGGACAGUGUGGAGUCAGAAGUGACCCAGGAUGCAGAAUGCGGAAACAAGGAGCACUCGACCAACUCUCCCAGCUGCACUGAAGAAG